GAGUGGCCUGCUCCCGCUUCUCCUCACCAGAUCAGAAUCGGAGCAACACACACAAAAUGCUGGAGCAACUCAGCAGGCCGGGCAGCUUCUACUGAAAAGAGUACAGUCGACGUUUCGGGCCGAGACCCUUCAUCAAGACUGGAGAAAAAAAAAUGAGAAAUACCAGGAACUUUUUUCUGAAUAUGCACAUGUUGCAACUAGUGUGCUCUGGGUUCUGAUGAAGGGAACUUCCCCUGUUGCUCUGUUAAGUUGGAAGAAGCAUAGCCAAGCUUGCGCCUGGACAACUUGUCAUCCAUGCAGAUUGGCUGAGACUCCGAUCCAGCACUGAGAUUAGCACAGCCGGCUGUGAUCUCACUGCCUCGCCGAAGACUCCAGAGCACCGAUAAUGGCCCAGAGAGUCAUUAUCUGUGUCACACUGCUCCUGAUGGCUUUUGAUUUGUGCCACGGUGAUUGCAAGUUUGUGAUGAAGACUGGGAGUGAAUGUUUGGAAAAAGGAAUUUCGCACAGCAUUGGUUCCAUGUGGAAGGGUGAUGAUUGCUACUCCUGCUACUGUGGGAAGGUCACUGCGAUAUGCUGCACAGAGUACGUUCAACCUCCUGAUGUCCCCAACAGCUGCGAAGUAAUUUUUGACAAGAGACUUUGCAGAUAUAAGACCUACAGGAAAGACAACCCGAAUAUCGUGUGUAACUAGAAAUUUGGAAUGGAACAGUGGGAUUCAUGGGAGCAGCUUGACCCUUAUCCCCUAAGCUGCCUCCAUACCCUUGGACUAACCAGAACACCCAGCCAUCCCUCAAUAGACCUUCGGUACAAUCAGGAGUCUAAAUGUCAUGCUGUAACCUCAUCCACUGCCUGUCAAAGCCUUUAAGUAAUUAAAUAAAUCCUAU